UUAGUAUUAGUGUAUUUUAUGUGUUGCCCAAGACAAUUCUUUCAGUGUGGCCCCGGGAAGCCAAAAGGUUGGAUAACCUAGUUUUAGACCAUGCCUAUCUCCCCCUCCCUGCUCUUUUAGGACCAGAUGGCCUUCGAGGAUGUGGCUGUGUACUUCUCCCAGGAGGAGUGGGGGCUCCUGGACACAGCCCAGAGGGCCCUGUACCGCCGCGUGAUGCUAGACAACUUUGCACUUGUGGCCUCACUGGGACUCUCCACCUCUCGACCUCGUGUGGUCAUCCAGCUCGAGCGUGGCGAGGAGCCCUGGGUUCCUAGUGGAACGGACAUGACCAUGUCCAGGAACACCCACAGGAGGCGCAAUUCUGGUGAGUGGGAGCUCAGGGUGGGGUGA